AAAAGAAGGAGACAGAGGAAACGCAGACCUCAGACCAGCCCACCUCACCUCACCGUGCUCUCUCUCUCAGCCCGGUGCCCGUAGACAAAUCUGACCGCGGAUCAGCGCACUCGGGCUCCCUUCCACACUACGAGUUACACCAACUGGGACUCAGACCAGAGGAAAUCGUGUUCGUCGGCAGCCAAGACACAUCCACAGCAGACCACGGCGAGGGAGCGGACGGUGUGAUAAGAAGGGACUGAAAUCAAGGAGGAAGGCUGGUAGGAACAACAGAGGGGGGUUUGAGGCAAGAACACAUUUAGCUGCGAGAGGAGAGAGGACUGGCUGGCCCCGCUAUAAGGAGAAGUAAUACGCGUUGCUAAUUUCCAACAUUUUCUAUUAUUGGCAGCGAGAGUGUGCUCCCCGAGCCACAUUUAUAAAGAGAGCUAGCGGAAUGUAAUGCUAGCAAGCUAGCUAAUGUUAGCUAGCUAAUUAGCUUGUCAGGCAUCCAGGAGUCGGACGUGUGAUCUUUAUUAAACUAGGUCACUGUUUGGCGUCGUUUUACUUUUUUUUUUUAUUUUUUUAUUGGAAAACUGUACUUAAUGUGCUUUGUCCAGAGUCCUGGCAUGGUCAUAAUGUUCAGCCUCGAAUAGCUAACGACAAGUUAGACAAUAAACAGUGCUAGAAGCUGCCGAUAUUGAUGAAAAUCUGCUCUAAAUUAUCCGUCUGAGAUUUUUGGGAAAAGCCUGAUCCAUUGUGAAUACCGAGCUGUGGACGAACCAAACGGAGAAGGCAAAGGUAAUAGAAAAACAGACUUUUGACUGGUGACUGUCUGCCGUCCAAUGUUAAUGUCGACCGACGUUGCAUCUAUAAUGCUACCCGUUAGUCGGGGAAUAAUGGACCGGGAAAGAGACAUUGAUGCAGCAGCCGGACCCCUCGCAAACGCGGCCGGGGGUCCAGCAGCUGUCCGGGGGAUGAAGCGAGGAGACCCGGAGCCCGACGCUCAGACAGCCGCUGCCCUGACUGACUUAGCCGGGGCGGAGUGCAAAAGACCAAGGAUAGACGGGACCGGGAGUGUUGUUGGUGACAUUGGACAGAACAAUGAGCCUUUAAACCCUGGUUUCCAUGGAUACCCAACUCACAGUCAGGGCUCUCAGGAUUCUACAGGAGGACAGGAGGGUUUGGUGGCCCCACCCUUUUCAGCGUUCCCUCCUCCACCCCCUCCUCAAAACGGGCUACCAGGGACAGACUUCGUCCCUGGGGCAAUGUUUGGUGCUGGGGGCCAAGGUACAGCAGAGGUAGGGGCUGGUGCUAAUGGAGCCACCACCACUACCACCACCAACAACAACAACAUCGUAAAGACAGACGAGACGUCCCAGGGGGAGGCAGGAGUACAGUGCGGUUCAGGAGGCUCAGGAGGAGGAGGCUCUGUGGGAGACCCCACAGAGGCCAAAGGGACCCCCAAACGUCUCCACGUCUCAAACAUCCCCUUCCGCUUCCGGGACCCUGACCUCAGGCAGAUGUUUGGGCAAUUUGGAAAGAUUCUGGAUGUAGAGAUUAUUUUCAAUGAGAGGGGUUCAAAGGGGUUUGGCUUUGUGACAUUUGAGACCAGCGCAGAUGCGGAGAAAGCCAGGGAAAAGCUCCACGGCACAUUGGUGGAAGGUCGUAAGAUUGAGGUGAAUAACGCCACCGCCAGGGUGAUGACUAACAAGAAAAUGGUCAGCCCCUACCCUAACGGAGAGGCUCUCAGCACGCUGCCUUAUGCGGGGUGGAAAUUGAGUCCUAUGGUGGGGGCCAUGUAUGGACCGGAGCUCUACGCAGUCCCAGGGUUUCCCUACCCUUCUGCAGCAGCAGCAGCCACCACGGCUGCAGCAGCGUUCCGCGGCGCUCACCUCAGGGGCCGAGGCCGACCCGUCUACAGUGCGGUGAGGGCUGCAGUUCCUCAGCCUGCCAUCCCUGCCUAUCCUGGCGUGGUGUAUCAGGAUGGGUUUUACGGAGCCGCAGACUUGUAUGGAGGCUACCCUGCUGCUGCCGCUGCCGCUGCUGCCUAUCGCUACGCCCAGCCUGCGGCCGUAACCGGAGCAACCGCCGCAGCUGCCGCCUACAGUGACAGUUAUGGCCGGGUGUACACUACAGAUCCCUACCACGCGUUAACCCCAGCUGCUGCUGCUUACGGAGUGGGAGCCAUGGCCAGUUUAUACCGGGCGGGAUACAUGUCUCCCACUGCUUUGAACUACGGGGGCACACAAUUUCGGACGGUUUUUAGAAACACUACACGGGACCUGGAAGGAGAGAGACUGCUGUUCCUGUGUGAUCCUGCACACUACAAACCUUUUUUUCCUUAAAAGUCUCUGAACUUACAGUAUAUCCACUGCCCUAUAAGACCUAAUCAGACCUGUAUCACACACACACACACACACACACACACACACACACACACACACACACACAUGUAACACCAAGUACACGGUUCCCUCUACGUUUCUCCUGUAGUGUUGGCCUGCACAGAAUGAUGCCACAGCACAACAUUACUAAAAAAAAAUUAAAGGUACUUACGUUUUUAAACACUACAUUACAGCAGACCCUCUGGUUAAGCAUUGUGUUAUAAUAAUAAAAAAAAAAUGAAUCAAACUCGGACUACUCAGUACAGAAGAUGUAGGAAUUAUUCGUGUUAUUUCGUAAAGCUGGAACACCGAGCACUCAGCCGGGGGCAGCUUGGGAGCGUCUGUCUGACAGAAACCACUGUCGUCCCAGUAACGACAAACUAUAAACACCACAGCAUGGGAAAAAGUUUCUUUUUGUCGUUUUUCAACUUCCCCCAAGUGUAAAAAGAAACACAAGGAUACAAAACUAAUGCUUAAAAAAAAGUGUGAAAAUGACAAGGAAAAAAAAACCAAGUGACUUUGUUUUUUUUCUGCAUUACCUCAGUUUUUCUUUCAUCCAUUUGUUUUGCUGCGAUUGAUAAGAAGUUGCAUAGAAAUGUCAUUCUGUAUAAUGCGGAUGCGUUGAAACUGUCCAUUGAGUUCAGUGACAGAGCCAUUCAUUUGUCCUUAUUGCUGGUCUGCCCAUACUCCAUUUAUUACUGUAACUGCAACACUAAGUCGGGAUGUUCUCGCUCUGAACUACCCUGUGCGUAUGUCCAUUUUGAGAAUUCAGUGCACUUCCCCUCCGAGGCUCAUCCUUGAUCUACACUCAUAGUGCUUCUUCCAAAAAAGGACUCGCUACAUUUCUUUCUGUCUCCUAAACCGUCAGACAUUCCAGCCGUAGUAGCGAUGCAGUGAAUGAACGGGUCAGAUGGACAAAGAACCAAUCGAACACUAACAAACAAGAUUUAGAAAAAAGCUGAUUUGAAGCGGGAGCACCCACACGGGAGACUAAUCAUCUGCCAGUCAGCCAAACGGGAAUCCCUCCCGGCCAGUUGAGAUAUUAAUGCCUGCAGGCUUCAGGCAGGGCUGCUCUGUGCUCGAGCUCUGUGUGUGGAAAUGGUGUCUGAUCUCAACUCAGCGGAAGAGUAGGUCCCAACAGAACAGCCCAGAUUAGAGUACAGUGAAAGAGAGAGGUUGCAGUCACGUAAUGGAGUCUUGCAGUAAUGAGAAUUUAUCAGUUUUCUAUUUAUAUUCAUCAUUUUUAAUGUGACAGGACACCACAUACACUGUCCGCAAGCAUCGCUUUGUCGUUUUAAAUCCCUCAUCAUGCUCUCUGGGAUUGUUCAGUCCGAAUAAUUUUAAAGUUCUCCUUACCAGUCUGUCUGAAGGCAUCAUUAAAAGACUGACAGCCAGACAAUUUAUAGACCAAGUCUCUGUCCUGUAUGUAUCACAUCUCCAUAUACUCUCACUAUGUUGUUAUUGCUAUUAUUUGCCUUUUUGGUUCCAAAGAUUUUCUGAAGAAAGCACAUUUUUGGUCCUGAUGUAUUUCUUAUUUUUGUUGUUGAUUUAUUAUUAUUUGGGUUUUUUUUUUGUUAUAUAUAUAUAUAUAUAUAUUUUAAUCUGUGGGUUGAAGCUGUAUUUUUCAGUGCAGAGUCAAAACAGCUCCCUGGGAAGCGUCAUCGAAGCAGCUUCCACAAAAAGGCAACAAACUCCACAUUUAAAAGGUUGCAGCAAACAGCAACAACCCCGUUAAAUUUAAUUCAGUCCACACAUUAAUUUAUUGGCUUUUCUUUUUUUUUUUUUGUUAACACACAAACACUCUGUAGAUGCAGAGGUGUUUGCUGUAGACAAGGGAAAUCAGAGCAGAUGGAGUCAUGAGGGAUAUGCAGAAAGAGAGAGGAUAUUUAGAAUUGCAUUUGCCAGUAGGGCCAAAUUACAGGCACAGUAAAUGGAGGGGAAACAUCCACACAAUGUCGAAAGCGCCCUGUGGCCCAGCAGCAGGCACCUUUUUUUUUGAACAAUGAAACAAUGUGUGGGUGGUUAGUUCGGGGGAAUUGUGGCGGUGAUGGUGAAGGUGAGAAGCUGAGCCAUUAAUCAUUAGCUGACAGGAUAACAACGUCCCCUGCUGUCUUUUUUUUUAUACACUUUUUUCAGGGGGUACAGUGCGCUCAGGGUGGAGCGGACAGUGCGAGGAGGGGUAACAUUGUUUUGUAUGAUUGUGAAAACUGUGUGCAGUAGGUCCAAUGAGUAUUUUUGACGCGCAUUACCUCUUUUUUUGUCUUAUUAUUCCUUACAAGUAUUAUCAGAAGUGUUGCUAUGCAUGCUUUUGUGCGAGAGGAAGGGUGUCGGUCAGAGAAUCUUUUCAUUUGUGCAUGAAUUCAAAUCAUAGUGCUGGAGGAGGAAGAUUAGGUAGGAGGGUGGGGUGUUUACGAGGCAGGAGGAAGAAAGAACUCGGAUGUUAUGUGAUGCGAGGAGACAGGAGUGACGAGGAGUCUCAGCAAUGGUCCAGUAGAUUGUCCGAGCAGGGAGGGGAGAAGCAAGUGGCCCACAGUCGCUUAAUGGAAGGGUCCGCUUCAGUAAUCUGGGUUAUCUCUGCUCUGUGCCUCUGUGGUCGUCGUGGUAAUCACCAGUCAUAUCAGAUGUGUAAAGUUUAAUUUGGUAUGUCUGGACCCCGGUGGUUUCCUUUUUAUAAUGAAAAUAAAACUCAAAAAACUGCGAGGACAUUGACCCACUCGAAGAUAAUUCGACCUUAAGUUCUGUGGAGGGAAAACAGCCUCUGCGCAGAGAUGAGGCAGGUGAUCUGGCAGCAGCUGCCCGCUUCAGGGCCGAUACAGAGUGUGUUAUUAUAUACCUGCCUACAUUAGACGCUCAUUUAGCAACGUUUCCACCUCACUCAUCCAGUUGGCAGCGGCUCACGUUGAGGUGUUAUCGUUAUGGAGCAGCGACUGGUGCGGCUGCGGUGACUCCUGUGGGUUUCACUAUUGCUCGCUUAUGUCUCUUCUAAUGGGAGUAAAUCUUAUUUGGGAGGCCGCAGAAUCACCGCAGAGGUGUGCUGGAAUGACACAGAAGGCAAACGUUAUCCUCAGCUGCUGACCCCGACUCCCUGCACUGUGCUCAAGUCAACCCAGUGGGAGUGUUGUUUUGUACAGGGAUUUAAUAAAUGAGUUUGAAUUGCAUGUGGAUUCAUUUUUUAUGUCACAUGCUCUUUAAAAGCUCAUUUAUCCUAGUGCUUUUUUUUUUUCAAUAAGUGACAUGUAUUUUCUCACAAUGUUUUAUUUUGCCAUCCUUGUGUUUGCCUUCUGUUUAUUCUCUUCAUUAUUAUUGAAUGUAUAUAAUAAAUAAACAGUUUGGUUUUUA